CCUCCCCCAGUCUUCCGCCUCCUGUCAUUACACACAUUGACCUCCAAACAUGGCCGGCGUGCGAGCCCUGGGUUCCCUCUCCAGACUCACGAGCAGAAGAUAUGCUCUGUUUCCAGGUGCAACCCGGAGAUCAUUCAGAAUUGCAUCUUGUAUGAUGGCUCGUACAAAUGUAAAUUAUGAGAUCAAGGGAGAUGUAGCUGUGGUUCGCAUCAAUGACCCAAAUUCAAAGGUGAAUACAUUGUCUGUUCAAAUGCAAAAUGAGCUGACAGAAGUAAUGAAUGAGAUUUGGGCAAACAAUGCCAUCCAGAGCGCUGUACUCAUCUCAUCCAAACCUGGCUGUUUUAUUGCAGGGGCAGACAUCAACAUGAUUCAGGCCUGUAAGACUUCAGACGAGGUCUCCAAACUCUCUCAGGAAGGGCAGAAGAUGUUUGAGAAGAUUGAAAAGUCUCCUAAGCCCAUUGUUGCUGCCAUAAAUGGAUCAUGCCUCGGUGGUGGCUUAGAGUUUGCCAUUGCCUGUCAGUACAGAGUGGCUACCAAGAAUAAGAAGACAGUUCUUGGUACCCCUGAGGUCAUGCUUGGCCUUCUCCCUGGAGCUGGAGGAACCCAGAGACUGCCCAAAAUGGUUGGUCUUCCCAGUGCCUUUGAUAUGAUGCUGACAGGAAGGAACAUCCGUGCGGAUAAAGCCAAGAAAAUGGGACUGGUUCACCAGCUGGUGGAUACUCUUGGGCCUGGAGUGAAGAGUCCUGAGGAGAGAACCAUUGACUACUUGGAGGAAGUAGCUGUGGAAUUUGCUCGUGGAAUUGCUAACAAGAAAAUUGCACUCACCAAAGAGAAAGGAACAAUGCAGAAGAUCCAAGACUAUGUCAUGAGCUUUCCAUUUGUCAGGAAACAGAUCUACAAUACAGUUGAAAAGAAAGUCAUGAAACAGACUAAAGGACUGUAUCCUGCACCACUGAAAAUAAUUGAGUGUGUGAAGACCGGCAUAGAACAGGGCCCAAAUGCAGGUUACCUGGCUGAGUCACAGAAUUUCGGCAAGUUAGCCAUGACCUCUGAGUCUAAAGCACUUAUAGGCCUGUAUCAUGGUCAAGUCACAUGCAAGAAAAAUCGAUUCGGAACCCCUGCAAAGGAUGUGAAAACACUUGCUGUCUUGGGUGCUGGGCUGAUGGGAGCAGGUAUCGCCCAAGUGACUAUAGAUAAAGGUGUUCAUACCAUUCUUAAAGAUACCACAUUGGAGGGACUUAAUCGUGGACAGCAGCAGGUCUAUAAGGGGCUAAAUGACAAAACUAAGAAGAGGAGUAUAACGACAUUUGAAAGGGACAGCAUUCUGUCGAACCUCACGGGGCAGCUGGACUACAGCGGCUUUGCUAAAGCCGACAUGAUCAUUGAAGCUGUUUUUGAAGACCUUAGCAUCAAACACAAAGUCCUAAAAGAAGUUGAAGCAGUAAUUUCUCCUCACUGUAUAUUUGCAACAAACACAUCUGCUUUACCAAUUAAAGACAUUGCCGCCGUAAGCAAGCGACCUGACAAGGUCAUUGGAAUGCACUACUUCUCUCCAGUCGAUAAGAUGCAGCUGUUGGAGAUCAUCACAACUGAUAAAACAUCUAAGGACACCACUGCUUCAGCGGUGGCAGUCGGCCUGAAACAAGGCAAAGUCAUUAUCGUCGUUGGGGAUGGGCCAGGAUUCUACACUACUAGAUGUUUAGCUCCCAUGUUAGCAGAAGCAGUACGCGUACUUCAGGAAGGUGUAGACCCCAAAAAGCUGGACUCACUGACCACAGGCUUCGGGUUCCCUGUGGGUGCAGCUACUCUGGCAGAUGAAGUUGGCAUCGAUGUGGCAGCUCACGUUGCUGAAGAUCUCGGCAAGGCCUUCGGCUCCAGAUUUGGUGGCGGAAAUAUUAACGUUUUGAAGACCAUGGUUGAGAAAGGAUUUAAGGGUCGUAAAUCAGGCAAGGGGUGCUACGUCUACCAGCCUGGGCGUAAAAGCAGAGAUGUGAACCCAGACAUUCUGGAGGUUUUGGAGGCUUACAAGCUGAAGCCAAAUGCUGCAGUUUCUUCAGACUCUGAUGUGCAGUACAGAUUGGUGUCUCGCUUUGUGAACGAGGCUGUUCUGUGUCUACAAGAGGGAAUCCUUGCCAAUCCAGUGGAGGGUGACAUUGGAGCCGUGUUUGGUCUUGGCUUUCCACCCUGUCUUGGAGGUCCCUUCAGAUUCGUGGAUAACUUUGGUGCAGACAAAUUGGUGGAGAAAAUGAGGAGGUACGAAGAGGUUUACGGAAACCAGUUUACUCCUUGCCAGCUUCUGCUCGAUCACGCCAAGGAUUCAAGCAAGAAAUUUCAUAAGUGACCUCAGCCCUCCUGUGCCAGUAGUACUUCACAGAAUAUGUGAGGUUUCUGAAAUGUCUGUGAAAAGAAGCAAUCCAGUUUGUGCACUUAGAGCACUGAAUGUGUAAUAAAGAUAUGCAGGGCCUUUUGGUCCUUACAAAGGAAGUUACAUUACAACAUGAAAUAAUAUCAUUUCUCCCCCCAUAAGUUGCCAUGUACAUGAAUAAUAUUCAGAUAGCUUUUUACUGAAACAAACUGUUUAGUUUUGGGGAUGCUUCUGUACAUUAAUUAAAUAUUUAGGUAUGUUUGUUUUCUAACGACAGUGUACAAAUAAAAUACACCAAGUGCAUUCCAGUACAGCUUGGGUGUCAAGAUCAAAACCCUCACAUUUUAGUCCAAAAGCACUUCUGUAAAAUAAUUUUAAUGUUAGUAAGCUUUAUUUUUGUGUUCCAUCUGAACAUCGAAAGUGGCCUCUGGGAAAAAAAUUCCUGUGGAUAAAUAAAAUGUUAACAGAU